CUCUCAGCCCAUCGAGCUCGGGCUGAAUAACACACACUCAUGGUGGUCUACAGCGAUAAGGUCGUCGCAAGCUCACAUAUGGAGAGAGCUUGUGGAUCGCGGGUCUGGCUGAGUCUCCAAGUUGGUAGCUAAGCAAAUAUCUCUGGUGGAUGAAAUUCGAACCAAUCUUGUUAGGCACGUGUAAAAAAGUAUUAAAUCUUUGGCUAGUCUUAAGUGGCAAUUUAUAAGACAUCUUAAUAUUCGAACAUAAACAGAUCCCACCAAAGCUAGCUCUGGUUUAUCACACAGCCUUAAAAACAAAAUUUUAAAGAUAACAUAUGUACAAACAGAAUCAAAAUACACAAACUUUUAAAUUAUGUGUGAGUCAAAGUUUUCAGAUCCUUCGUCAUUCCUCUAUUUGGACAUGCUGGCUGAUAUUUUAAUGCGGGACACCCUCGAGAUGGAAGUGGACUUCAACAAAAAAAUGGAGUUCAUCAAGGAGCAGGAGCAAAAGGUUUUGGAAAAUGCCAAAAAUGUAAGGGAUCCUAAUCUCAAUGGACCAAAUGCUGGGGCCAUAAACUGCAGUAUGCUUAAGUUGGAAAUGGAACUACAUGAGAACGAGACAAACUUGAUCGAGGCGGAGAAGGCAAUCACCCGAUUGGAGCAGACUUGCCCAAGAUCUGACAGCAAUGGUUGUCGGACGUAUCCCCUGGCACGAGCCACCUACGAGGAUUUGCAAUUACUCGUGUCCGCCGAAAAAACAGCCGCCCAGUGCAACACCAGGGAGGAGAUCGAAAUGUACAACCAAGAGGCCUCCGCGAAACUACCUCCCAAAUCUGUGAUUACCAAGAUCAUCGAUUAUCACAAUAAUAUCCUGAUCUUAUUGGAGAAGGAAAUCGAAAAGUUGCAGUGCGAGGUCACGAAGGUUCAGAGGGAGUUCGAAGAGCUAAAUAAGAAAAUGGAACCUAGCAAAUUGAUCGCUCAAUACCCCUGCCAACAGAACAACGACUUUAAGCCCAUGGUCAAAUGUGAUGUAAAACUACGCAUGUAAUCCACAAACUGAUAACACGAUAUAUACAUACGAGUAGUAUAAAUGCUUACAA